AUGAGCAAAACAACAAAUCAAGAUGAGAUCCAUAUGACAACGCCUGAACUGAUUGAAGCUCAUGGUUACGUAGCCGAAACUCAUCAGAUUUGCACAGAAGAUAAUUAUUAUUUAACCGUGCAUCGUGUACUUCCUAAUGAUCGAGUACCAUCAGUGUCAAACGCUGACAUCAUAAAUAUCGAUGCAACUGUUAUGAAUAGUGAAGAUCAUAAUUUGUCAAUUUCUGCUGAGAAUUAUCAACUCUUAAAAACUUCCGGAUAUUAUAUCAGUUCCUCUAGAUUGCCAGUUAUAAUAAAUCAUGGAAUUGUAUCUAGUUCUGCGGAUUGGGUACUUCUAGGACCACACAAAGCCCUUGCAUAUGUUCUUUGUGACAAUGGAUACGACGUUUGGCUCGCAAACGCUCGUGGAAACACUUACUCCAAAUCUCAUAAAUAUUAUUCAAUCAAAGAUAGAAACUUUUGGGAUUUUAGUUGGCAUGAGAUUGGAUAUUAUGAUUUACCAGCAACAAUAGAUUAUAUCUUAGAAAAAACUGGUCAUUCCAAAUUGUAUUAUAUCGGUUACAGUCAGGGUGCAACCACAUUCUAUGUUAUGGGAAGCGAAAGACCUGAAUAUAAUGCUAAGAUCAAAGGAAUGAUAAGUUUAGCACCUGCAGUAUUUUUAGGAAAUCAAAAAAGUUCAUUUUUGAAACUUUUUGCCUAUUUUCAUAAUAUAUUAGAUGUAAUGCAAUGGUUUCAGUGGGGAUCUUAUAUUUGCAACAUAAAUCAAUGGUUACCUUCUAAUAAAUGGCAAAGUUUUAUAUUGAGGACCUUUUUAAGCAACGCGCCUCACCCGAUGACAAAGGGUUUUUGUAAUUUCUGCUUUUAUCUUAUCGCUGGAUUCGGUAGCGAACAACUCGAUAAAUCCAUGUUACCUUUAAUAUUUGGACAUUCCCCAGCAGGUUCUUCGGUUAAACAAUUUCUUCACUUUGGCCAGUUAAUAUGCUCCGGAUCUUUUCAUAAAUUUGAUUAUGGCAUUAAAACAAACUUAUCUCUCUAUGGAUCUACACAACCACCUAAAUAUAUUCUUGAAAGAAUAAAAGUACCUGUGGCGAUCUUUUAUAGUGAAAAUGAUUUUAUUAAUCAUCAUAUUAAUGUUCAAAAACUGACAGAUGAUUUACCAAAUGUUAUACAAACUGAAAAAAUAGCAUACGAAAAAUUCAAUCAUAUCGAUUAUCUCUGGGGCCGUGAUGCAAGGACAAUCUUAUAUAAUAAUAUUGUAACUGUGUUGAAGAAAUUUUAAUGCAUCGAGAUUAUAUUUUAAUAAAAAUUGUUAAUUUUGUAUCUGUAAUUAACAAUUAAAUAACUCAGGAAUAUUAUUUACCAUUAGAUUAUAUUUCAUA